GAGUCAGCAAGGCUUGCGUCCUCUUCCGUCGCAUUUCUUGUGCAGAUUUCAAGUGCCGGCUCGAGUCAGAGAGAGGCGGCCAAAGACGUUGGCAGAUUUGCUCUCAAUCUCGCCGCUACACUCACUCGUCCAGCUCUUUGGGGCCUCAACACUUUCGGAUUUUGUGUGGAGGUGGCAAGGCAUCACAAUAAUCCCUGGUAGUUUGGCACAGCGGGACCGUGUCAUCUCAGUGCUGACUGCAACCAUGGCCGAAAUAAACAAACGCCAGCUCAACAUCUCCACGGGCGAGAAAGAUAUCACCAUGGUCCCGUUGAAUGAUGAGGGCUACAGCGAGAUGCCCAGUCCUCCGAAUGUACGACUCCGCACGGGAACCAUCGGCAGCGAGGAUUUUAACGACAAAGGGGCCAAUCUACGUAUCGACAUGGACAAGGACCAAAAGAAGUCGAUCAAGUCGGACAUGCUCUCUUCCGAAUUUCGCUUCAACGCUGAGUUGUCGCUUCGCGUUGCCUGCGGUGUGAUCAUUGCCUCGUUCAUUCAGACGCGUGAUCCAAACUACGAUCCUUCGAUUGAACACGACAAAAAGUGGUUCUUCUUCCCGGAUUGGUAUUAUCUGGGCGGUCUCAGUUAUUGUGCUGUGGCUGUUAUCUUCUCCGCUGGAAAGAACGUCGGAGCGACGCUGACUCAGGUUUGCCAAGCAUUUUACGGUGUCGGUAUGGCGCUGGUGUACAAUCUCCUGCUCUUCUCGUUCGUGGAUGUACACACUUUCGAUGGCUCGUACGAAGGCUAUGUCAGCAUAUCAAAAACCGUGUCCUUCGGAGGAUCCCAGUACUACGUCAACUCGCACAACUUCUACGCUGUUCUACCAUGGAUGGUGAUCUUCACGGUCGCUGUUCUACUGUUACCUUUGGAGAGCAACACCAAGAAGUUCGCACUGGCCAAUAAUCUCUAUUUCACAUUGACAAUUAUCAACCCCACCGAUCCGCUGGAUUCCAGCAAGUUGAAGGAAACGGGCGAUAAUUACUUCGAGACGAGCAACAUCCUGAAUAACCUGGCGAUGUAUUUCCUGGUGGGUUUUGUCGGAACGCUGAUUUCGCUGCUGAUCAUGUUUAUCCCGUAUCCAAUUUUUGCGAUAGCCAAACUGCGCGAGGAAACCAAGAAAGCGUCGGGGGAUGUAUUGGAUCUGCUGAAUGUCAUUGUGGAUUCGUACUGUUUCAAAAACAAGAAUGUGGAUCACAUGAAUUUCCUGAAGCUGAAGCUUCAGCGCAAAUUUGACGUUGCUGCGGCGCGUCAUCGUCGCAUGAACGCUUUACUGGAAGAUGUGUGGUGGGAGCAACUCUUUGGUUUCCACCUCUUUUUCAAGUUUAACCGCUCGAUGACCAAGGGAUAUGUGCGACUUAUUGGCUCGCUGAUUGCGGACCUCCGAUCCCUCAACAACGCCAUGCAGCUCGAACAGUACGACCACUUGCACUUCAUGUACAUGAAGGUUCUCCAGCGUGAAAUCUACGUCAUCCAGAUGCGAUCCGGAGAUCUCCUUCACGAAAUUUCGGGAGAAAUUCACUCAUCAUCUGAACAGCUCAAUCUUCAGGCGAUUGAGACAUUGAAACGACAAAUGGAAAACACUCUGCGUCACUACCGCGAAGCUCAGAUCCGUUUGUUACAAUCGCACAAGGUCAAGCCGAAAGACGUCGAAGGCAACGUCCCGCUAAACUUGUUUCUAUUCUCGCUCAACUCGUUCUGCAGCACUCUGAUCGAGUACCAAGACACACACAACAAAAAGGAUUUCCACGGUGGUCGCCGUGCUCGUUCGUUUAUCGCACAGGCAAUCAAAGACUUUUUCGUAGUUCACCGAUACACCCGAGCUCGAAUUCUUGAAGCUGCCCGAGUAUCCGUCGCUAUCAUCAUGGGUAUCUUCCUGGCGGUGUAUAUCUACGGCUUCAGUUCCACCACUCCGAGUGCUGUUGCAUACGUCAUGGGCAAUCACAUUGGAGGCUCCUUCAGCGUCACAGUGAAUCGUGUGGGUGGUGUCGUGGCUGGAAGUGUCGUUCCCUCGGUUUUCCAGUUUUUCAUUUCCCAGAUUUGCAAUCCGGAGUUUCUGAAUGUGUUCCUAUCUGACCUACUGCUCUUCAUUUGGGUCACGUUGUCCAUGUACGUCAAGUUUGUCGAGGGUUACAGUUCGUACGCUGGUGUGGUCUCAGCUUUCAUCGCUGCUGGAGUUCUCCUUCGCCAAUCCGAUGUAUGCUACGCUAACGGUUCUGACAGCUCUUCGACGAUCGCUAUCAGUUCAUAUUCCAGUCUGGCACAGACUUCGGUCGGUUUGGUGCUGUUCAUUGUGCUAGAAAUGGCAAUGUGCCCUGAAAGUGCCACAAGUUUACUUCGCAAGAACAUCCAACAGACGCUCAAGUUGCAGCAAAAAGUCUUCGGUAUUUUAUUCGGCCAUCACCUUUCAAGCUCCGGACAAAUGAGUGAUGAGACUAUGGAGGAGGUUCGUGAUAUCCUACAAGUGCAGAUUCCAGCUCAGCUGGUGGAGCAGCAGGCGCUGCUUAAAGAAGCUGAAGCUGAGCCGCAAAUGUGGCGUCCAGCGUUCUCCAAACAGAAGUACGAGGCUGUGUUCGACAGUACCACGCGCUUGCUGAACAACAACAACUUGUUGUUCAAGCUGGUACGCUGGUACAACUACCGAGUGAAGCAGAACCUGACGCAGUCCAACUCGGUUGAUAUCCGCGAUAUGGGGACUGAGAGUGCUCGCGUGUUUGAUACAAAUGGAGGCCGGACAACGCACACGAGAUGGCAAGAAGCGAGCAACCAGUUGUUGUCUGCUGUUGACGAUACCUUCAACACGUUGCAGAUGCUGUUCGGUGAGUCUUUCCUGUACUCGGAUCCCGAUCAAACAGCCAUUUUCAUGCAGAUGAAGGAGGCUUUCCGUGUCGCGGAUAAGGACUGCAGUGGGGAGAUCGAUGCCGAUGAAGUCGCAGUUAUGCUGGAAACCAUUUUCGCUCAAUCGGGUGCAGUCAAACAAGAGGAUAUCACCAAAUACGUCGCGGAUUUCAUGGAGAUCGUGGACAAAGAUUGCAGUGGCAAAGUGUCUUUCGAGGAGUUCAUGGCAGCUUUAGAAGAUGGUCUGAAGCUGGAAGUGGAAGUGUACCAUCGUCGUAAACCUAAGGCAACGACGUUGAAGCAACAACUGACAAGUAUUCAGGAAGAUAGUCAUGUUGGUUCUCGUGCGGCUCGUGCGAGCUGUAGCGUCACGUCUUCCAACAGUGCGGACAUGACGAAAAUUACGGCUAGUAUGUUCGACACGAAGUCGCAAGAAGGUCGAGUGUUGAGUACGGUGUCCUCGGCACAGAACACUCCGAGGAGAGGGUCUGGUUACACGAAGCGGGCUUCGUCGCUGGUCACUUCGCCCAUUCGACGCAACCACGACGUGCUGAAUGUCGAGGACUUUACGACGAGUGACAUCGCAGCUCAGAUGAAAUCUGCUUAUGUCGAGUGGCUUAUGGAAGGCCACCGAUUCAAGCGAGUAACAAUGGAGGAGCUGCUCUUGCUCAACUGUCUGGUUAGUGGCGCUGAGGGCAUUGCCAGAAACCUGACGCUUAUGGAAGAGAUCGUCGUUGCAUCAUAAGAGUGGUAAGUGGAUAGAGCCUGCCAUGUGAGUGUAGAACAAAAUACAAUACUAAUUUCAAUCGCAUCCUGG